CAUUGCAAAAGGGUGUGGUUAUAGAUCUACCACCUCUGCACCAACACCAUGCCACCCAGAAAGAGGACUAGGCAAGAGACAAGGAAGGGCUCUGGAGCCAACCCUCCAGAGAAGAAGCUUGAGGAAGACCUUAGUCAGAUCUCCAUUGAUGAGCUGAGGAAGCAGCUCGUAGACAUUGGUGAAAACCCAGGACCUAUAGAUGGCUCAAACAAGGGGAUAUAUGUGAGGCUGCUGACACGUAAGAAGCUCAAGCUGGAUACAGAGACGAGUAAUGACAGCUCAUCAUUUCUGGACGCUACCUCUCCUUCCACCUCCCUCACCCGAUCACCCAUGCAAAUCACAUCUGUCGGUUAUAUGCAGGGAGGAGGAGGCGGAAGGAGUCCUGUGCAAUAUAGAGUUGCCCAGUCUAAAACACCGACUGCUAAAAGGACGCCAAUUACAAAGAGCAGAGCUUCUGUGCCUGCAAAGGAUUUCUCCAGCUUUGAAAUCCGUGGCCUCGUUGCAGCUACAUUCACUCCUCUCACAAACAGUGGGGAUCUAAACCUCAGUGUGAUCCCAGGGUACGCUGAACAUCUGCUCAAAUCUGGAGUCAACAAUAUAUUCGUCAAUGGCUCUACUGGUCAGAGUCUUUGUCUGACAGUAGGAGAGAGGAAACAGCUGGCAGAGGAGUGGCUACGUGUCUCCAAGGGAAGAAUAACAGUGAUAGUUCAUGUUGGGACCGAGAGCGUGAAGGACACUUGUGAACUGGCGUCCCAUGCUCAAGCCAUUGGUGCUGCUGCGAUUGGUGUCCAGCCAACUGCCUACUUCAAACCCUCCUCAAUAGAACAGUUAGUGUGCUAUCUGGAAAAGGUGGCGGAGGUUGCUUCCAGUCUACCUAUGUUCUACUACCACAUUCCAGUCAUGACAGCAGUCAAUUUGGACAUGGAGGAGUUCUUGGACGCUGCCUCCUCACGACUUCCCACCCUCAGGGGACUAAAGUACACGGAUUUUGAUCUAAGCACAUACAGCCGUUGUCUCACUACCCACGGGGGCAAGUACCAGAUCAUGUACGGCAGGGAUGAGCAAGUCCUGGGUGCUUUGUGCAUGGGUGGGAUUGCAGCUGUUGGAAGCACCUACAACUAUGCUGGGAGGCUCAACAACCGUCUCUUCAGUGCCUUCAAGACCAACAACAUGGAUGGUGCUAGGUUGGAGAUGAGAAGGUCACAGGCCUCCAUAAAGUUACUCUCCAAAUACGGUGGUGGUGUGAGUGUUGGACGGGAGUUCAUGCGUCUGCAGGGGGUAAACUGUGGCCCCCCACGACUGCCCCUCCUUCCUAUGACCCCAGAGGCUAUCAAGAACCUUGAGAGUGACCUCAAAGACAUGGGAUUCUUCGAGUGGGCGUGAAACUGCAUAGCUAGAUCAUAUAGUAUUUUUUUUGACUGUUAAUCCUUUGCGCACAUGCUGGUUCAAAUACAUGUACAUGUUUCCUUUUCUUAUACUUGUCAUAAAAAGUUUACUGACAGUG